CAUGCAUUCUACAUUAUAUAACGGACUAGUAAAAACUGGCAUAUCCUGACUUGAUCAAGAUGAGAGGUUUUUCAUGAACAAAUUAGAUUAUCCUCCUCAUGAGAAGAAUAAAAAAUGACGGCAGAUCAUGCUCUUGCUAGAGAACAGACAGGUUCUACGGCCUCGACUGGGUCUACGGCUGGGACUGGCUUCAUGUCUAUCUUGGCGAAGCGGGUGACAACUUUUGCCGAGAGUGUUGAACAACUUGAAGUCCUCUGGCAAGGGAUUCUUCGACUACCUUUUUCCGAAAGCGGGGAUUCACGAUGUUUAAGGUUGACUACUUCGUUGUGACAGAACUACUUUUUUUUGCUAUAAUUUUCAAUUCGCUCUCACCUCACAGUACUAAGGUUUUUUAGUAUGUACGUAAUAAUUUUUCAGUACGUAGUACGUUGUCACAGUACUGAUUUUUUUCAGUACUACUUUCUUUCAGAUGUCCAAGAAGUAUGUACGUACUUACACUGACUUUGCUUGCAUAUAGAGGAGAUCGAAAAUCAACACGCAUGAUCAUGGUCUGAAGUACCUCACGAGUGCCUACUAAUAUGACAACUAUCGAAAUCUAUCUAAGUAAGUGGGAAUUUUAUGUCAGUACUAGACAAAGACAUAACUAAUCUAAGGCCUUUUGUGGCGGCGGCGUGGAGGCACCCUAGUAUCCUACUAAGUAGAAGGCGCUUUAGAACACGCUGCAAAAACCCUAUGCGCGAAAUGAUAGAAAGAUACGAAAAAGCAACGUCAUGGUAAGAGGACUUAGUACUUGAGAAUAUCAAAGUAUAGCUUACUUUAGUAUAUCUACCAGCUUCGUUUAAUUUUGUUUUACUUCCGCUCAAUCAUCUUCUUCAUGAGAAAUUACUGACGGGCUGCGUGCUUCGCCUCCUGCUGCGAUUGGAACACCUGUACCUGUUGGCACAAGCAGCAAUGGCACCACAAUCAAUGCCACUGGUACAGCAAUCGCCAGUGGGCAUCCUACUUCUACUGUCAGCGCUGGAACAAGUAGUAUCACUUCUAGCAGCCUUGGUGCCGACGCCGCGCUUUUGAGCAGCGACACUCUUCUCCGACUAGGAUUCAAGUGCUUGCUCGCAUUGGCAAAUGUUGCUACUGCUUCGGACUUUGCGAGUUCAGGUCUUCUGUUAAGGCUAUAAUAAAUCAUUAUCAUAUUUUUCGUUGUUCACAACCCAAAGAACCUAAUCUAACCAUCUAAUGCAUCUCUAACCUUAGGCUAAGCUUUUCUAACCUAUCCUAACCUAACCUAGUAGCGGAGGGUCCACCAGCACAACCUAAUCGAAUCAACUCUAGGAGAAAGCAAAAGCUGACUUGUACAUAUAACUCUUCAAGGAGUGGACAUCAACGUGAAAGAAUUUUUUUUAUGAGUACUUACAUGAUCAAGAGGACGAGACUAAAGUUGAACAAUCUAAGUCUACUGGCCACAUCUUCUAGUGCCAGUGACGAUGCGACGAGGUCUCGAAGGAUCAGCAGAAGGGGUGCUGGCUCCAAAGGAACAGGCGAAGGUGAACGCGGAUCCAAUUAUGGAAGAAAAAGCCGUAUUCUCUUGUGGAAUUAUAAGAAGUGAGCAAGAACCACGAUUCAUCUUCGCACUCCUGUAUUUUUCCAGGAGCACUGAAAAAGAACCCUUAUAAACUGUUCUAUUAUAAGGUAUUUUUCCAGGAGCACUGAAAAAGAACACAUUAUAAGGUAGCUUUCAUGAAGAUACUCCUGUGGUAUUCCACUGAGGAACUUUUUCUUCUAAUAUCUUUGUCUCUUGGGAGACAUUGUUCGCUGGGUUUCGCGGAUGUCUAUCGCGCAGGGAUGCGCACAUCGCACCGUUGCCGUUCUACGUGCGAUACUCUUGAAAAAUAGAAAUACUAGUGCAUCUACUGGUACAAGUACUACAUCGACUGGUUCUACUAAACAAGAGCCAGGAGGAGGAGGAGCAGGAGGGGCUACAACUACAACAUCUUCGGGUUCAACGCCUUCGGAUCGAAUUUCUGUGGUAUCCGUAGAAUUCCUACUGUGUUGUAUACACGCAAGGACUCCGCACUUAGCAUCUUUGGUGUUGGAAACGAAAGGAUCGCAGCCGGGUGUGGAACAGUACUACAGCUUUUAUCCAAGCUAUUAGUGUAACAAUUUACAGGCUAUUGCGUGUUAAUAUUAGUCGCGUCGUAUAAAAAAGUUAGCCACCAAUAAACUCGAAAGUCAGCAAAUGCAGCAAGAAACUCGAAAAAUAGAAAUUGUUGUCAGAAGUAUGAAAAGUUUCACUACUUACUCAACUUAAGGGAAGUGCCUCUCCUUCUAAACUACACGUCAACUCUUUGUUUGUAGAGAUCGCCAUCAUCUCUUCCUGUGGUAUCUAUAAGUGUUUUUAAUGUGACUGCAGGUCUGCGUCGCUUCCUGUGGUGUGCUCUGUUCCCGAAUUAAGCGGAGUGGACUAUUUCAGUUUCCUUUACUUAGCCGGCGUGAAUAUGCUCAUGCUACAUCGUUUUGCUGCUGCCCAGCGGUUUUUCAUUGCCUUGCUGAUGGCGCCCACGACCAGCUUGAAUCGAAUGCAGAUGGAUAGCGUUCACUGGGUCGCCUUGAUCGGGUUGGCAACGCUGAGUGGCGCACCUCCAUCGGCCAAAUGGGCAGCGACCUCUCUUCUGGGCGAACCCUGCUCUUCAACAUCAAGAUCUGCGAGUGCGAAAGCAGUGUCCUCGAGAAGUGCGCAGAUGCUGUUCGAUGUCACGGGAGCAGGUGCAGGCGUCAUCCAGAGCCCUAACCGGAUGUCCAUAACAGGUGGAAGGGAUGGAGGUGGAGGAAACUACAGAAGACAGUCGCGCGAGCCGCGGGAAUUGCAGAUGAGCCCGCAUCUGAUGCCGCCAAGUGGGGGGCCCCACUUCGGACAUGAGGACUUCGAUUACGGCAGUUUAGACUCGAUGGACGGAGACCAAGAUAGGAUUAAGGCUUCCCGCCCAACUUCAUCUCAAGAAGCAUCUUGGAAGCUGCGGCUUCAAGGGGAAAAGUGGUCAAAGAUGCUCUCCCAGAUGAAUAUUAAAUAAGGGAGGGUCCUCUAAUAGGCGAAAUCUUCUGGCCCAGCAUCACUACAGUACUAAUGCUGGUGCAGGAGCUUCUAGCAGUAGCUCUUCGUUCGUGAACGCAAUGGGCCAUCAAAUGAUGGAUUUGAGCCAUGCAACAUCCAAGUGGCACGCAGGAUACUCAAGCAGGCACAAGCAAAUCGCGAUGGACGUGCUAGUGAGAAUGAACGGUCGCGACGCGCACUUGCUACAGUUAAGGCUACCUCCGAGACAGCAUACUGGCUGCUUGACACCAUCUUCAUCCUUGGCUAUUAAUUUUCCUAAGAGGAAAAAGAAGUCUACUUAUCCAAGGACGCUAUUACUCUGCUCAUAGAGGAAGUAGAUGCGACUGAGGUUGUACUUCUAAUACACCUUGGUCGCUUGGCGCAGAUGCUGCUUCCCCCACAGACACCCAAUGCCGUACAACGUUACGCCCGAAGCAGGCCAUGGCUUUGCGAUUUAGAGCAAUCUUUGUGCUGGCCAUGGGAGGUGGAGCGUGCUGCGACGCGGCUCUUGACAGCUGUAGUUAUGAUGACGUGAUUUUUUGGAGUUAGUACGUAGUGAUUCAUCAAUGUCGACUACUUAAAACAUCUUGGUAUACGCAAGAUACAUCUCAUGUACUUACAACAUCCUGAGAUUGUAUACAAGAUAGUUAGAUGAUACCUAGAAAGACUCGUCUCUCAUGUACUCACAAUAUCUCGUUAUAUGCAGGUAGAGGCCACUUCUUGAGGCGGUGGAGGGCAGACACUCAGUCUGACUCUGCUAGAAUAAGAAAGUAGCACAAAUAAAACUAGCUUCACCGAAAGAAAAAGACGCGCUUCUAUCUCGAAAAAAACUAGUAUCUACGUUGCAAUCACCAUCAUGCAGCAGAACGUAAAAUCACAAGAGAAAUUGAAAUUGUCACUAACGUCGAUGCAUGGAAACUAUGACCGAGUAUCUUCCUAUGUCUGUGUCAGUCACUGUCUCCGUCAACACUGUCUAAUGCAAGAAGUGGUUGCGGGAAGCGAGCAGAGCAAGAUGUACAAGCUCCAGCACAGCGAGAGCACGCUUUAGCCUAUGCUGGAAUUCUGUGUGAUCUCGAAAGUUCGACCUUGGCGUAUCCAGCCUUGGAGCGAAGUUUACUACAGUUAAGGCGACAUCAAUUUCUCCGAACUUCUAUCAGCAGAGUGAUCGUUUCUCGAAGAUUUCAUUCUCCCUCACCUUCAUGUCGUGGUGUGCUGAGAUGUAAAACCUGCUCUAGUGAAUUAGACUGUCAUCAUUGUUCCUACUAGUUUCUACGUGUUGUUUUCCUGAUCUGAUUGGAGAAGGAUCACUUUUCCUGCUCGAAAACGAAAUAGAACGUUUAAAUCAAUGGGAGUACGACGUAUUAUGUAAGCAAGCUCUAAUGCAGGACCUUCUACUGCGAGUAGUAGAGCGCAGUCGCAUGCUUGUCGUGUUGGCUUCGGCGCGAACGCACAAGAGUAUGAGCAUUGGAAUGCUUGCGCGAAGACAAGCAAUAGUCGGCAAAAGGCAACUUCUAGUUCAAACUACCAAUGCUCAAAUCACGGUUGAGGGCGCGCGUGCAAGUGGUGCAGCAGGUGGAACAGUCCUCGGGGAAGUCGCAGAAUACGGUGAGUCAUCCUCCAUAUUGUUAAGGCUCAAGUUCUACAACAAGUACAUUAGAUAAUCACGAAUAAUUAGGGUUUACAACUGUAAAAUAAUAUUCAAAUUUAUUCUUCCCGCCACCGGACCCGGUGGGGUACGGACAGGCUAGGAGGCCUACAAGUAGAAACGGGACGAGUGCGUGGACUCUUCCCACAGGCACUGAAUUUCUCUCCAUUGCAGUUUUCUUCUUGGCUAUUACUGAGAAUAGUACGAGUAAGUAAAGAUGGAGUAUUUCCUUCAUCCUGGAUUCUGAAGUAAGCAGUAUGACCUGAUAUUAUACAUAGGUAAAGGCGAGCUGUUUUCUAGUAGUGGAGUGAUUCUCUCACUCGUUUUUGUUUUUCUAGUUAGAGCUCUACCGGAAUUUAGUGCGUUGACCGCUAAUUGAUGGCGCGGCGCAAGGCAAUGGAGAAGCUGGCGGAAGCGUGCCGACUAGCGCAGACAGCGACGCAAUGGAGAUCGUAAAUCCUGUGUCAGGAAUCCCUACAUCUGCGGUUAAGAGUUCAGUUGUAAAUUUAGUCCAUUUUUUUUUGGGAGAAGUUAAGUACACGAGUGUACAGAAAGAUUUUAGGAAUUUUACUACGUAGUAUAAGUUCAGAUUUUGUUGAGUAGACGUAGAGAAAUCAGCUCAGUACGAGUAGAGAAAGAUAAAAAACUGCAGCUUUGCUUCUCAUUCUCAAGAUCGGAAUUAUAAUGGGUUGAUAUCCUAAUGUGCUUGUGAGCUUUCUAAGUUUCUCAACAUCGGAUUUAUCGAUGAAUAUCCUCUGUAUGUAUCCAGGAGCUACUUUUGAGACUAGUUCUAAGGCAGAGGUAGAGGAGCAUCGGCCGUCAAUAGCGGGUUUCCUCGAAACAGGCAGUCCUGGAAAACAGCAGACGAAAGAAUUGACUGCUCCUCCGGAUACGGAAGAUGCUCAUAUUUAAGGCUAAUGCAAACGUAGGAGACUGUGUAAGUUGUACUCCAAGACUUCCGACAAGGCUACUUAUGACCUUGAAAGGAUUUUCUAAGCAGAAUCUAUCGUGAGAGGUAGACGUAGAUCAUGAUGAAUGAGUAUCUUCUAGAAACUACUGAAAUUUAGUCAACAAGUAGUAGAAUGGUGGAGUUACUACAAUUACUGGAAAGGUCUACUUCUACUAUGCAAUCUCCAAAUUACGAGAAAUACUGGAAAGUUCCACUAGUACAAAUACGCGAGAAUGUACUACAGAUGCAACUAGCCUCCACAAGCUUCGCCCGGCUUCAAGUUAGUUUAGCACUUUUCUGCGGCCUCCCACGGGCUACAGCCGCUAGAGUAGAGACAGCCCGCGGGUGAGCUGAUGCACCUUACGAAUUGACUACGACAGGAGCCGAGUGCCGGCGGUGGCCGACUCAGAUGCGUCGACUCAUGUGCAGGGCAUUGCGCUGCCUUCGGUUUUUUUUUUAGAUUGCCGGGCGGGUCAUGCAAAUUCUUAAGAAUUUGCAAGACCCCCACGGCAGUCCAACAAAAAAACCAGAAGAGAGCCACCAGACACGCACAAGAAUCCGCAAGCCCCAACGCACGCAAGCGCCUCGCGGUGGCGCCAGGCAAGAACGAGGGGCGACCUUGAUGGGCCAAACAAGACAAAGCAACGCAGGGCCGCGCUGCUUGGGUCUCUCUACGCGCUUACACCUGGCGGGGCUUCUUUGUUUCGUCAGAUGUCUCUCGUCAGAAACAGGCGGGCGCACUUCGCGGGGUCGUGCGGCGUCGCGCUUCGGGCUGUGGCUGAAGCCUCUCGGCUGGCUGACGUCUUUCACCAAGCUGGAGACUAAGGCCCUCCAUCAGGCUGAUGCCGUUCGUCAGAACAACGCUCUGCGCCAGGCUGGCGGCGUUCGUCGGGCAGGCCGGCGCCCCUCGGCAGGCGUCUUGGGUCAGGCUGAGGCUUUUCGUCAGGGUCGGGCGACGUCUCUCGUCAGGCUGAAGCGCUUCGCCUGGCUGACAUUCCUCGCCGGGCCGAGACUCACGCCUUUGGUCAGGUUGAUGGCUUGCUUCAGCUCGGCGCCGUUCGUCAGGCUGAUGCACUCGCCAGCCAGGUGAGGCCUCUCGCCAGGCCGGCGCAAUGCUUCGCCAGGCGUCUGCCUUGCGUCGGAGGGAACAGGCUGAGCGGGGCCUUUCUUCGGGCUGCGGAUGUCUUUCCUUCGUAAGAUUGACCCCGUUCUUUCGUCGGACUGACGUGCUUCGCCAGAUUGACCGCGUUCGCCGGACUGACGUCCUUCGCGAAAGGUCUUCGCUAUCUUCAAGGGCCUCGCGCCACAGGGAGGCCUCGCGUCAGUUUUUCUGGCGGAGGUCGUUCGUCAGAUGUCUGCUGUCGCGGGUCUCACUCUUGUCGUGUCGGAGGUCUUGGGCCCAAAGGUCGUCUUUGGUCCACGCACAGGUCGCCGGUGGUCCACAGGUCGCCUGUGGCCCAAAGGUCGUCUUCGGUCCAAAGGUCGGCUUUGGUCCAGAGGUCGUCUGUGGUCCAGAGGUCGCUUUUGGUCCAGCGGCCGUCUUUGGUCCAAAGGUCGCCUUACUUUGGUCCAAAGGUCGCCCUACUUUGGUCCAAAGGUCGCCCUACUUUGGUCCAGAGGUCGAAGGGUCGCCUUACUUUGGUCCAAAAGUCGCCCUACUUUGGUCCAGAGGUCGGCGCACUUUGGUCCAAAGGUCGGCUUACUUUGGUCCAAAGGUCGGCUUACUUUGGUCCAAAGGUCGCCUUACUUUGGUCCAAAGGUCGCCUUACUUUGGUCCAAAGGUCGCCCUACUUUGGUCCAGAGGUCGCCGGGUCGCCUUACUUUGGUCCAAAAGUCGCCCUACUUUGGUCCAGAGGUCGGCGCACUUUGGUCCAAAGGUCGGCUUACUUUGGUCCAAAGGUCGGCUUACUUUGGUCCAAAGGUCGCCUUACUUUGGUCCAAAGGUCGCCUUACUUUGGUCCAAAGGUCGCCCUACUUUGGUCCAGAGGUCGCCGCACUUUGGUCCAGAGGUCGCCUGUGGUCCCGCGGUCGUCUUCGGUCCCAAGGUCGUCUUUGGUUUCAAGGUCGUCUUUGGUCCCAGUGUCGUCUUAAGUCCCAAGGUCUCCUGUGGUCCAGAGGUCGCCUGUGGUCCAAAGGUCGCCCCUGGGUCAAAGAUCGCCUUUGGGCCAAAGAUCGUCUUUGGGUCAAAGAUCGCCUGUGCUCCAAAGGUCGUCUUUGGUCCAAAGGUCGCCUUUAGUCCGAAGAUCGCCCUUGGUCCAACGGUCGCCCUUCGUCCAAAGCUCGUCUUUGGUCCAAAGAUCGGCUUUGGUCCAUGUGUCUUUGGUCCAAGGUCUUUGCCCUUUCGGUGGGCGGUCUUUCGUUGGCUGUCUCUCUUUGGACUUUUCUCCCCAGCUUGCGCCCCCACCCCCGUCGGCCAUUUUUCUGCCUUCUUUUCUGGUGGUCUGCCACGGGGCCGCAACGUAAAUCCCAACAAGGAAACGGCCGGAGGCUAUCGGGCUUGAGACUGAGGGGAAAGGGCAGGAGACUAUGGGCAAUAGCUUCGCGAAAGAAGCUGACUAAUCUCCGGUGGGUUAGGCGGGGAGUUUUAUGGCGGCGAUCAAUGGCGAGAUUAAUAAUAUAGAUUAAUAAUAUAGAUUAAUAAUAUAGAUUAAUAAUGUAGAUUAAUAAUGUAGAUUAAUAAUGUAGAUUAAUAAUGUAGAUUAAUAAUGUAGAUUAAUAAUGUAGAUUAAUAAUAUAGAUUAAUAAUAUAGAUUAAUAAUAUAGAUUAAUAAUGUAGAUUAAUAAUAUAGAUUAAUAAUAUAGAUUAAUAAUAUAGAUUAAUAAUAUAGAUUAAUAAUAUAGAUUAAUACUAAUAGAUUAAUAAUAAUAGAUUAAUAAUAAUAGAUUAAUAAUAAUAGAUUAAUAAUAAUAGAUUAAUAAUAAUAGAUUAAUAAUAAUAGAUUAAUAAUAUACAUUAAUAAUAUAGAUUUUUUUUUUGUUAUGUUUUUUAUCUAUCAACUUAUAAUAAUUUUUGUAGCAAUGUAUCCACCCUCACUUCUAAGACCUGUUGGUCGACGGCGAAGACUCUAUCGGAGCAGGAAGUCUGCCUCACGACACUUUGCCGUUGCAGUCUCCAGAAUCGUCGGUGCUUGAACGUGGAGACGGUAAACCGCGAAAACGAGGUCGUGAGGAAGAUUAUGGCUUCAGCUAAAUUAUACCUUAUCCUUAUCCAGCAUCUUCAAACAGUAAGUACAGCCCCCAUCUUAUCCAUCUUAACAUCUUGAGAUAGUACUAAUUUUACAUAUCUACCUUCAGAGGGUACUAACAUUUUGGAGCUGUCUCAUGAAGAGUCAUCCCUGUUCAAAUUAGAUUUGGAGCUCUGCGCUACCCUUAGGACUAGGAGGAAGUAGAGAACAGGAGCUCCAAGAUUUGAUGAAUCUCUAAGAAGAUGAUAGCAAUCACGACGAGCAGGAAGAGUCUCGGAACGAUCUCCCAGGUGGCAGCUCCUCCUCCGGAGAGGCCGACUUACUCGAAGAUUUCGCUGUUGUAGGUAGUCAUUGAUGACGUUUUGUCCUUGAAGAUUCUUAAUAGAUCAUGGUACAGAAAUAAAAUGUAAUAAGAAAGUUGUUGUCUACGGCUGUGUAAUAAGAAAGUUGUUGUCUACGGCUGCGUUAAUCCGCUUGAGCAUGCAGGUAAAACUGUGGAUGGCGGAUCAGAUCCUUAAUCCUUAUUUAGAACAGGGUCUAGUGAAGGUCUAGUACUAGUAAUUUGCAAUGUUGAAUUACAUGAUGGAGAGCAUAACGAUGACAGAUGCAUCUGCGUGUCUUGUCUUAAACCAGAUUAUCCUGAAGGCAGUGCGCAAUUGAUCAACGAAGCCCGAACGCGAUCGAGGGCUAAAAGACAGCAGAAACGCAAUCCUGGCUCUCCACCCUUGCGAGUACUUUCUACUUCAACGAUAUCGAAUUGCCUUUUUUUUCACCUCCACCAUUACCGUUUCAAGCAGAGUCUCUUUUUUUCGUAAGCAACAGAGUCCAACAUUAUUAUACUAGUUCUUUCAGACAACUCAAUUGUAUCUAUAGUUUUACCUUCAAAAAUUACCACUCUACUAGCAGGGAGGUGGAAGUGCGUCCUCAUCGAUUGCGAGGCAACAAGCUAAGGAAGGACAUCGCGGCUCUGCAGCCCUUCAGUACGCGGGACCGCGCACUCUGUCUCGCCCCUUGGCAGAAGUUUGUCGGAGAAUAGCCGCUGGCGAUAGUACCUGUCCAGGAGGCGUCGUUGACGCUGUGGCGGAUGCAACUUCGUCGUCAAGUGCAACUUCUUCUAGCAGUAGCAGUUCGUCGUUGCCGCCAGUUGCCGCCAGUUCAGGAGGCCACAGUAGCUGCAGUUCUGCAGGACUUCCCAAACCAGAAGAUGCAGUUCUGCAGAAACUGAGAGCCAAGUACGCGCAGCAAGCGGAGACACUGCUGGCUGCACUCGCUGUGAACGGAAUUUCGAUAGAAGAUCAGUUGUCAUUCGUCGGCGACUUACGGCGGCUGGAAGGCAGUGCCGCACCGCAGCUGUUGCAGGAGCUUCGUGUGGAGCGCGUAGGACCCUGGGUCCGACUCCUGCAUGCGAGAGCGCCACCAGCGAGAGCGACUUCCGCAGCAGGAAGGAGCAGUCAACAUGCUAUCGCCGACGAACAACAUGGUAUCCUCGCACUAGACGAGGAAGCGCAUAGAGGAGUCUUGCAGGAACGCGAUCGCGUAGUAGUUUUGGCGGGUAUGUUGCGGGACCGCUUGCUGUCGGCCCAAGCACAGGCGAACGAAAUGCAGUGCGAAUAACAUUGGCCUUAUAAUUGGUGCACGCAUUCGAAAUGCGCCUCACUAUACCAAGUAAUCACACAAAUGCAGAGGUAGAAGUAAAUCCACACGCAUAUUAGAAGUUAUUAUCUUCUCACAUUCAUUCACUUGUAAUCAGCUGCCAUCUUCAUAUCAAGGGAAAAAUAGAGCACUAAUUGAAUCCAAAAACACCCAUUUCUUAGCACUAGGACAACAAACUUUUCUGUGGUCCAGAGCAAGCAUACGUAUUAAAGAGACGUUAUUUAAUAGUCUGAAUGAUUCGCCACAAAUGAGUGGCCGCUGUACUUCUGGAGAAUGGCGUACUGGAGAAUCGCUGAGUAUGUCGUAUUGGAGCUACUUG